CAAGUCUUCGGAGAUGACUUUUGUAUCAUUCCGGAUGAAGAAAAUUUGGAAGCCAUGAUAACAGAAUUUAAACAUUGAAAAGUUUUUUUUUGCCUUUUUCACACGAAGUGCCAGUGAUUAAGGAAUUGGAUUUCUACUUUUUGCUUCCAUUGAUAAAGAAAUUCAAGCUCCAAUAAAGGAAGAGCGCGCAAUCUAAUGAUAAGCGACAUCCAGCAGUUUUCCUCGUUCUUUUUCGCCCGCCUUUCGCCGAUUUCCUUCAGAUUUUGUUCUUGAGUUGAGUUUUUCUUCUUUGACUUGCCAUAGAGAAUUGCAGCUGAGUUUUUGUUUCCUUGGUUGAAUUGAACGCAUAAAGCUGUUGAUUAUGGGAAAUUGUUUACCUUCUUCAGCUCGCGAUUCUAAUUCUAUUCCCAGCCAGACGCUAUCUUCUACUCCAGGAACAUCGAGCAAUUACAGCAAAAACGUAGGGUUUUCAGGUACCAGUAGCACCGCCGGCAAAAGUCAAUUUUCGGAUGCGGCGAGUGUGGAUGUGAGCGAGCCGUAUCCGAAUGGGCAAAUCUUGGACCAACCAAACUUGAAGGAGUUCAACUUUGCUGAGUUGAAAAUCGCAACCAAAAACUUCAAACUCGAAAACUUGCUCGGCCAGGGAGGUUUUGGGAAGGUGUAUAGGGGCUGGGUAGAUGAAAAGACGCUGGCUCCUUCUAAGAGCAGUUCUGGAAUGAUGGUUGCCAUUAAGAAAUUGAACUCAGAAAGUGUCCAAGGUUUUCAGGAAUGGCAGGCCGAAGUGAACUUUUUAGGAAGAUUGAAUCAUCCAAAUCUUGUCAGAUUAUUGGGUUUCUGCUGGGAGGAUGAUGAAUUGCUUCUUGUGUAUGAGUUCAUGCCCAAGGGAAGCUUGGAAAAUCACCUAUUUAGAAGGAACUCUUCCACAGAACCUCUUUCUUGGGGAAAAAGGCUCAAGAUCGCAAUUGGAGCAGCUAGGGGUUUGGCUUUCUUGCAUUCCUCAGAAAAAGAAGUUAUAUACAGAGAUUUUAAAACAUCAAAUAUACUUCUGGAUACGGAUUACAACGCGAAAAUCUCAGACUUUGGCCUGGCAAGAUUGGGGCCUGCGGGUGAAGAAUCACAUGUAACAACAAGAAUUAUGGGCACAUACGGUUACGUCGCCCCAGAAUACGUUACUACAGGCCAUUUGUAUGUGAAGAGUGACGUUUACGGGUUUGGCGUUGUGCUGCUCGAAAUUAUGACGGGCUUGCGCGCACAUGAUAUGCGGAGACCCAGCGAAAAGCGAAAUCUGGUUGAUUGGGCUAAGCCAAUCUUGAUGAGGAAGAAAAAGGUUAAGAGUUUGAUGGAUGUAGGAAUAGAAGGUCAAUAUUCGUUGAAAGCAGCCAUUCAAGCGGGAGAUCUUACUCUAAAAUGCCUGGAAACAGAUCCGAGAACUCGUCCCUCCAUGCAAGAAGUUCUCGAGGCGUUGGAACAGAUCGAAGAAUUGAAAGAAAAACCGAAAGGUGCGAAGAUUAGCAACUCACAGUCUAAACAACUUCAUCAAAGACAGCCAACCAAUUCAUCAGUUAAAAGGCACAGAUAAGUGAGGCCCAAUUUUUUUUUAAUAGAUCUUAUGAUGUAACAUUGUAUGCAUUUCUGAUUGUGAUGGAAAAAAGUUUUAUUUAUUAUUAUAUAUUUUUUUUGUUUCUCUUUGCUCAUUGGUUGCCUUCUGUGGGGAUGGCAGGAGGCGAGGUAAGGGAGAUAUUUGAUUAUAUCACAAGUGAAAUGUUUCAGGUUUAUUGAUGAAAAGUUAGUGUGUUGAUUUUCUCCAAA